AUGAUUUCAACUACGAUUUCAGCUACGAUUUCAACUACGAUUUCAGCUACGAUUUCAACUACGAUUUCAGCUACGAUUUCAACUACGAUUUCAGCUACGAUUUCAACUACGAUUUCAGCUACGAUUUCAACUACGAUUUCAACUACGAUUUCAGCUACGAUUUCAACUACGAUUUCAGCUACGAUUUCAACUACGAUUUCAACUACGAUUUCAACUACGAUUUCAAUUACGAUUUCAACUACGAUUUCAACUACGAUUUCAACUACGAUUUCAGCUACGAUUUCAACUACGAUUUCAACUACGAUUUCAGCUACGAUUUCAGCUACGAUUUCAGCCACGAUUUCAGCUACGAUUUCAGCCACGAUUUCAGCUACGAUUUCAGCCACGAUUUCAACUACGAUUUCAACCAGUUCGUGA